UUAAUAACAAAUUAUUAUCUUCCUCUAUUGUUUUGCAGAAAUUCGUAUUUCCCACCUCGUUUCAAGAUGGACGGCGGCUAUUUGCAGCGUAUCACACCAAACAGCGACGUACAGAUAUACGACGACGUCAAUUUCGGGAGAUGUAUAAAAAAUUACAAAUAAAGCGGAUUGUACGACGUUCCCAUAAGGUAUCGAUUAAAACCGAUUCCAAGGACUCGUCCUCGUACAAUGCUCAACACAAUCUAGUAUUGGAUACACAAUUCUCCUCGUCGAAUUUCUCAUUACCCCAAGUUACCGACAUCGAUUUAAUCGGUUGUGAACGAACCACCAAAUCCUGUGUGGGUACCGUCUAUAAUCAACGUCCAUUUUAUGUCUAUCUGGGUAAACAUACGCCGCCCUGUUGUUUGGAUAAGCUAAAGAGUACCUUCAAUCAUGUCCUGGAGGAAUUUGAAAAUGUCGGAAUUCGUUAUUGGUUGGACAAUCAGGCGCUGAGAACGGCAAUCGACACCAAUCGUUUAUCACCCGAUGCUUAUGACAUUGACAUAAGUUUCAAUGUCAACGAUUUGGAGCGUUCGAAUUCAUUGAAGAAAUCCCAAAAUAAACCCUAUGUUGAUAACGAGGGGUUCUAUUGGAUAAAGGCCACCGAUGGCCACUACUUUAAGGUGCAGUUUUCGAAGAUAAAUCAAAUUGGUGUAAAUCUGUUGCCAUUUGAGAUCAGCGGCAAUGUGGUGAAACCGAAUGGUUUCUUCGGCUGGAAGGCCAAGUCGUUUUCUGCAGAUUUCCUACAUCCCAUGUCGACGGUGCUAUUUUUGGGUAAAAAUAUUAUGUGUCCCAAUAAUGUCCGAGAUUAUUUAGAAUUUAAAAAUAUUCCAUAG